AUGUCAACCGAAGACCCUCAAACAACCCUCCACCAAACCCGCGAAGCAGACUACAAACGCUUCAAAAACUACGCCGCCUACACCUUCCUCAUCGGCGCCCCGAUCCUCCUAGCCCUCCCACCCCGCAAACUCGACCCCCUCUCCGUGCUCGUCAUCUGCUCCUUUGGCUUUUCCGCAAACCACCUAGCCACCGAACACACCGGCAAAAGCCUAAUCGACCGACUAGACGCGCGGAUCUCGCGCGUCCAAAACGUCUUCUCGGACCUACCGAGCGAGCGCGCACAGGAGAUCCAGGAGCGGCUGCGCGCGGCGCGGGACGCACAGCUUGCACAGGCGCAGCAGGAGCAGUUGCAGGCGCGGAUUGCGGCUUUGGAGGGGAAAUUGGAGGGAGGGAAGGAGGAUGGGUCUUUGAGUGCGGAGAUUGAAAAGCUGAAGGCUAGACAGAUGCAGGAGAAGGGCGUUGUGCAGAGGGUUUGGAUGGGGGGUGAGAGUGAGGGGUGGAAGGAGAGGAGGUUGAGGGAGGAGAGGAAGGCGUUGAGUGAGGGGAAGGGGUAUGGGGAUUUGAUUCAGGAGCAUAUUUGGGAUGUUUGGACUUGGGGUGGGAAGGAGGGGAAGGGUGAGGUUAAGGAGGUUGUCGAAGAGGAGAAGAAGGAGUGA